CUGUUACUCCUGGAACAAUCCCAUAUAGAUCUGCACCCUUGGCUUUCACGGUAACUGCAGUUUGGCUCCUUCACUUCUCUGUAACUAGUUGGGGUCCAAUACUUUCCGGAUAUACGCAGCAUUUUGUUGGACAUCGACGACUUCCCCGACCUCAAAGCAGUCUUGGCCAGCAUUUCUGUUUUCAGAGCUUCCGCCGGCGAGAGGUGACUAGAAAACCCCUCGACACCGGUUCCUGGCUCAUAUUGUGUUCGCUCCGUUCCGGUACAUCGUAAUGCCCUCGAAAGACCGCGGGUAUUACCUUACGACAAGCCCCAGCAAGGAUUUCACCUGGUUCCUAUUUGGGACGUCGGCCACGGCCCGGACUGCCAAAAGUAAAGCCCAGGUGCCAUCCCCGUACAGGGUCUCCAAAGCGCGCCGACCUGUGAUGGUAUCAGCAAAGGAGGAACAAAAGUCGGGACGGGCGCUUGUCCCAGCCGUCGAUGUCAAAGGGGUGUCGCCUACUCCAAGGACUAGGACGAAAUCGUCCAAGCCGAAGAGGUCGGGACCGAAAAAGGGAGGGUCGGGGAGCACUGGCCCGUGGUCGGAAUGGUACGUGAGCGAGGAUAGCAGAUACCUGUGGCGGGCGAGGAAGUCUCGGGACGAAGCAUGGGACUACGAAUUUACACACCAUCACCAGAAACCCGGCCAGUUCCAAGACACCACCCCAACCACAUGUAGCGGUGAGGCCUGCCGGCCUCUUUACCCUCCACCAGAAAUGCCACCUCCUAGUCCCAAUCCUAGCAAGUCCCACGACCGAACCUCGCCCAAGAGCUCCUGGCCGACAAUCGCUACCACAUCCACCGGCCAGCCCACGGAGUUCUUAUCCGCUUCUAGCAGCAGGACUAUGACCACGUUGCUCAGAGAGACUGACAGCAACAACAUGAUUGGUACCACGAGCACGACACUAGUUCCCGUGGCCGUAGCAACCCAGCCCGGUCUCCAUCGCGGUAACGUCAAGAGUAAAGGCAGUAGCGGCAAAAGACCAGUCGGCCCUGUGAUGCGGCUCCUUCAAGAAGCCCGCAGCCGCAAAAGUAAGACCAAUUCGGACGCUGUCCAGUCAAGCGUCGAUGAUACUGCACAACUACUGAAGACAAACGAUCUCGAUGACGGCAGGCCCCAGAAGCUUUCAUGGGAAGGGAGAAAUGGCAGGGAUAGCACAAACUAUGGGGGGGAUGGGGAUGCCAUUCCUGGCAAUAAACGCACAAAAGCAUUUGCGAGGAAACUGCACGCCAAAGUCAAGUCGGAGAAAGAGCUCAAGGUGGAUCCGAAACGGAGGGUGAAGGCGUGGCUUAAAGACGUCGAGCUCGACAUGACACCUAUCCGUUUGGAUGCCCAGGGAUUUCCUAUUUAUCGAUGAUACCCCCUUUUCCUUGCCCCCAGUUCUCUCUUCGGCUCUCCAUCAACGUCUAUGUAUAUACAUCGCUGUUGUGUCUGUACCACUGUUACUACUCGGCGUGUUGGGAACUUUAGGGUAUUAAUCCUCGGCGGAUCAACAACAUCGAUGUCCCAAUUCAGGCAUCCCGUUCGACCUAGGGGCUCGCAGACUCCCCUGCACGGAACGGACUUGUUGUACUUCACAGAUGUACAGUACUUUGUACCGAUGUACUAUUACACUGGCAUAUUAAUGAGGGUUCUCUGCCACCUCUUGACCGAAUAGCCGGUCCGUCUAGGCACGCAGAGUCCAUUGCACAGCAGGUAAACUCAUAUUUGCUGAGAUGCAUUUGCUGCUCUGCCCCCAAGAUUAGAUCCAGAGACCGUUCUAUAGAUAUCGCGGCUCAG